AUGCGUCAAAGUGCCAAUUACGCAAAAGGCGCGUGUAAAGUCUGGAAAUUAAAAGCGCUCGGAGUGGGUGAAAUAUGAAACAGACACCCGUGUGAGCAGGAAACGUCACAUUACCUCGACCCUCUGAUCACAUCGGCAUCUCUUUUUGAUUGGGGGGCUGCACGGGCAGCAAUCCGCGGACUGAUUCAGAUGCUGCUAGUGAGGAGGCGGAGUGAUCCCUCCUGCCCGCAACCCACGUAAACCGUGCCCGCUCUCGGACCCACAGCCACAGUGUUAGAGCGACGCCUGAGAUGAAGCAACGAGGCUGAGAAGCGCACGGAUUCUGCUCACACACUCCGCGUCUCUUCCGAGGAUUUAACAGUGAUUUUCUUUUAUUUCUGGCAGCGGCUCCAACCGUCAGACGUUUUGAGUGCUGGCUUUCUUAACCCUACCCAUGGCAUUUUUCAACCAUUUAUAGGAGAAUUGGGUCAUGAUCACAUCGCCCACGGUCUCUGUCCUGAGAAAUAGCACAAAUCCAGCGUGGGAGAGCGGCUCCUCGGGGGAGAAGGGAGCAGUGAAGAUAAGCCAACUAUCCGUCCACAACUCCGUCUCUCCCGCAGACCCUACUCGACAAGCCAGUCGUCUUCCCAUAAAGGUUUUGAAAAUGCUUACGGCACGGGCAGGACACAUUUUACACCCGGAGUACCUACAGCCGUUACCGUCCACUCCUGUCAGUCCCAUCGAGCUGGAUGCCAAGAAGAGUCCGCUGGCCCUUCUGGCCCAAACGUGCUCUCAGAUCGGCAAACCGGAUCCGCCGUCCUCCUCCAAGCUGUCCUCUGUAACCUCCAAUGGAUCUAGCGACAAGGAGGCCAAAUCCGGCCCGCUGAAGAUGAGCGACAUCGGAGCCGACGACAAAUCGAGCUUCAAACCUUACUCAAAAUCAUCAGAGAAGAAGGACUCGAGCAGCAGCCUCAGUGGAGAUAAAACCAGUUUCCGAGUGCCUAGCGCCACCUGCCAGCCGUUCACCCCCAGGACAGGCAGCCCCGGCUCCUGCACCUCCGUUUCUCCUCUGCCAUCUGAAGGCAAAGCGGGGGACAAGGAGGAAAAGAAGGAGUCUGAUAGCAAUAAAAGCACUACGACGGAGAGCAACGGCAGCCACGGGAUAAGUGGGAUUACCUCUGACGGCAACCAGCAACAAGAAAACACAUCUGGAUCCAAGGCUGUUACAUCAGAUUCCAUAUCUGUAACUUCGUCAUCAUCCUCCGUCCUCGGCUCCGGGCUGGUGGCCCCUGUCUCCCCCUAUAAGCCCGGUCAUACAGUUUUUCCUUUACCGCCUGCUGGUAUUUCCUAUCCUGGAAGUUUAGCCGGUGCAUAUGCGGGUUAUCCGCAGCCGUUUCUCCCUCCUGGAAUGACCCUUGACCCCACCAAAUCCAGCAGCCAGCUUUUAAGCGCACAGUUUGCUGCUGCCAGCUCGCUGGGAUGCAGCAAAGCGGGAACGAGCCCCUUGGCUGGAGCAUCCCCACCGUCUCUAAUGUCUGCUAGUCUGUGUCGAGACCCCUACUGCCUGAGUUACCACUGCACGAGCCAUUUGUCCGGCGCAUCCAGCGCUAACUGCGCACAUGACUCUGCGGCAGCUGCGGCAGCUGCCUCGGCGCUCAAGUCUGGAUACCCGCUCAUGUACCCGACGCACCCGUUACACGGCGUGCACUCCACGACCCCUUCUUUCAGCGGACAUCCCUUAUAUCCUUACGGGUUUAUGCUGCCCAACGACCCCCUGCCGCACGUGUGCAACUGGGUGUCGGCGAACGGACCUUGCGAUAAGCGCUUUUCAUCCUCCGAGGAGCUCCUCAGCCACUUGCGGACUCACACGGCCUUUGCCGGCACGGAGAAGUUGAUAUCUGGGUACCCGGGGUCGUCUUCUCUUGCUAACGCUGCUGCUGCUGCUGCUAUGGCUUGUCACAUGCACAUGCCUCCAAACGGAAGCCCGAGCAGCCCGAGCACGCUGGCCCUCAGGGGCCCUCACCACCACCUCGGACUCAGCAGUCGCUACCACCCGUAUUCAAAGAGCCCCCUGCCCACUCCCGGGGCCCCGGUGCCCGUGCCCGCGGCUACCGGACCAUAUUACUCCCCGUACGCCUUGUAUGGACAAAGACUGACGACAGCAUCGGCCUUAGGAUAUCAGUAGUGACAGAGAAUUACACAUUUAUAAAGGAGAUUUAGGCCCAAUGAGUUUUAUAUUGUACUUAAUGCAGGGAUUGGAUCCAGGUGGGGAUCAGUGUAUUUAUUUGCGAUAGCUUCAAG